AUGGGCUGGGGAGUCCUCUGUGUGGCGGGCGGAGGAGCCUACUAUUUCGCGAAGCGAUCCAUCAAUGCCGACCGAGCGGCACGGUUCGAAGCGGAACAGAAGAAACAGUCGCGACUACGACGAUUAGAAGCCCAGCAGAGCGGAGCGUUCAGCGACGCCUCGAUCAAGUCUAGAACGAAAACGCACGCCGGCAACAGCACCAAGGGCCCCGAUCAUGCAGGGAGCCCGAGCAGCGAGAUCAGUGAGGAUGCGGCGCCGGUCAGUCAUGCACCUGUCGACGCAGAGCAGCGGGCGAGGGAAAAGAGCAAGUACGAAGCUGCAGAGCCAUUCAGGAGCAAAAAGGGCGACAGGUUCAGUUGA